AUGGCAACAUCUGGCGCCCAAGGCGCAUCUAGGAAGACCAACGGGGUCCCUUCGGCUUCCGGUCAACAGGCCACUACUGAUGCGCCCAAGUCCAAUAAGAGUAGGACUCCCGUCGAGGGCGACAAGGUUAUUAUUCGAAGACUGCCCCCUGGCAUGACGGAGCAAGAAUUAUGGAACAAUCUAGGUGAUGAAUGGAAGGCUGGAAAUGGCCUCGUUAACUGGCACAACUUUGAGUCAGGGAAGAUCUCUCAUGACCCUGCGAAGCCAUCGAGGCCAGGACGAGUUUACCUCCAUGUUCUUAAGCGCGAGAGCUUAAAUGCGUUGUCGAAUCUGAUUCAGGUCAAGUCUUGGGAAGAUGCAAAGAUGACGUCCAACAGCGCUUCCCUAGUCGGCCCUCCGGUUCUCGAGUUUGCGAUUUACAACAAAGUCCCGAGCAGCAAGAAGCGCACCGACCCAAGGCAGGGAACUAUUGAUCAGGACCCCGAAUUCAUGGCCUUUUUACAAUCCUUGACCAAUCCUGAGAUUGACAAGGACAACGAGAGCAACGAGAACAAGGAUGUGGAGGAGACGAAGCCCGAAACCAAGGUCACAACGACACCGUUGAUUGAGUUCCUCAAGGAAAAGAAGGCGAACAAGCAGAAAGAGGCUGCCGCCGCUAAGAGCGCUAAGCAGGCUCGGCAGGACUCCAGCACCAAGGGCAAGUCGUCAGCGUCGACGGCUGAUGAUUCAAAGAAGGGCAAGAAGGACUCUAAGGGAGAGAGGUCCGCCGAUAAACCCAAAGAGACGGUCAAAAUUCUCACCAAAAAGGCUACUGCGGAUGUUGUUAAGGCUGCAGAAACCGUCGCCAGCCAGAUCACGCAGGCCUCCUCUUCAUCGUCACAGGAUCAGCACAAGAGUAGGCGAGCUGGAAUUGCGGCUGCUGCCCGCAUCUUGCAGCGAGACCUUGGCAUCAGUCCCGGAAGCGCCCAUAGGAGGGCACGACUUGAUGCCGCCAAAGCCGAGGCCGAUUCAAAGGGAACUUCGUCAAAGGAAACAGCGCACCCUGCGGGCGAAGCCCCAGUAGCUACUCCGCCGCCUGCCACGGCUCCGGCUCCAGCAUCUUCAGCUGCUUCACAGGCAUCGGAGAGAAACGCCACACCUACGGCACCUAAGUCGGCUCGUUCAAGAAGAGGCGGUGGCGGAAAGAACGCAAGCGCCAAUGAACCCAAGGGCAAGUCAAUCGAGGCAAGUGGCUCUUCUAGCGCUCCACCACCUGCCAAAGCCCCGGUCAUUCUGCUUAAGAAGAAGGACGAGGAGAAGAAUAAGGAAAAGGCUGCCAAGGCCGACAAGGAAGCAUCGAGCUCAAAUUCGCAGCCAGCCGCUCCGCCAGCCAAUACCAAAUCCAAUGCCCCAACCGGUCCUAAGGCGUCAGGCAAGGGCAGCAACGCGAAAAAGAGCACCGCUGCUGUUACCGCUGGCGUGACCCGUGGUUUCGUCAAGCAUGCAAAUCCAUCACAGGGUGUGACCGAGGGACUCCUCAAGCAAGCCAUGGAGGUCUUUGGCACCGUCACCUUUGUUGAAAUCGACAAGCGUAAGGGCUUUGCCUACGUCGACUUCUCUGAUCAUGACGGUCUCGUCAAGGCAGUUGCCGCGAGCCCCAUACAGGUUGCCCAGGGGACAGUCCAAGUUCUCGAGCGCAAGGAGAAGAAGCCUGCCGCCUCGAACUCGAACGCCAACAACUCCAACAGCAGCAACACAGCCAAUGCCGCAGCGGCAAGCUCUAGCUCCGCUGCACCCUCGACGACAAAUGCAUCGAACAGCAACGCCACGCCAUCCGAGAAGCCGGAGCACCAUAAGCGGACCAGGCGCGGUCGUGGUGGUAAGGCCGCGGCGGCUGGUGCGUCGGGCAGCAACAGCGGCAACAAGGAUGCGGCGCGCGAGUCCGCCGCCCCUGCUGCAGGCACGGGAUGA